UUUUGUGGGGCUGCAUCCUGUAGUGCCUUUUUGCAUAACAUACUUGGAAUCCAGAUAUACAUGGGAUGAGCCUCCCCUUCUGUAAAUCAGGGGUGAUGACGUGCAAUGCAGGCAAAAGCAGCUUGUGUUGCUGCUGUCUCUGCGUGGGCAAGCACGCGCAGCUCAGACUCAGGUGUCCCGCGUUUGUGCAUCUUGCAUUUCGCCACACUCAUCUUGCUCCAUCAGCCCUGCAAAUGCCACACGGAAUUCAGCGGAACCAUGUUUCGCAGAGCACCCGUGGAGCGACCAAUGCUUUUCGUCAGCCUUGUUUCAUGCGAGGCAAACUUGUCGACUUGCUUGGAUUUCAUGUGCUACACGUCCAGGCAGAAGCGCAGCUAGACCUUUGCUCCAUGUGGCCGUGGACCCGGGAAGCCUUCCGUCCGACGCAACUGGUGCCCUGUUCGGGGACAUCUACACGGCGGUGUCCUGGCCGCUUUUGCUGGGGACCUGCGCGCUGGGAUGGCUUACCCGGCCUAUGUCUAAUGCCAAAGUGCCCAGAGGCUUCCACGAGUUCCAAUUCCGGUACCUCAUUGUUUGGUGCCUGGCGAUCACUGCGGACUGGCUGCAAGGCCCAUAUGUCUACGAGCUCUAUGCCUCGUACGGCUGGAGCAAAGUUGAUAUAGCGAAGCUUUUUGUUGCAGGCUUUGGUUCGUCAAUGCUCACCGGCACAUUUAUAGGAUCUGUGGCCGAUGCAUGGGGUCGCAAAUCUUGUGCCAUCCUGUACUGCAUUCUGUAUGCGCUGGCAUGUGUGACAAAGCAUUUCAACCUCUAUUGGAUUCUGAUGCUUGGUCGUUUGCUUGGCGGAGCAGCCACAUCCCUUUUAUUCAGCACCUUUGAAUGCUGGAUGGUCGGGGAGCAUAAGCGCUGCGGCUUCCCCGAUGAGUUGCUUCGGUACAUGUUUGGCCUCAUGUUCUUUGUGCAGUAUUUGGCAGCCAUUGGUGCUGGCCUUUUGGCACAGUUUGCUGCAUCCUCCUUGCCCUUGACGCAUUUGGGUGCAUCGACUUGGUACGGGGGCCCUACCACGCCCUUCGACGUGUCGUUGGCCUUUCUUUUGAUUGCCAUUCCCACCAUAUCCUUCCUGUGGCAGGAGAACUAUGGCGAUCCAGGUGAGGGCGGAUGUGACGGAGUGGUUCAAAUCGCUUCGUCCUUCAAGGCGGGCUGCCAAUCGCUUUCCUCAGAUUGGCGCGUGCCUUUACUUGGCCUGGUCGUGGCAGCCUUUGAAAGCUCCAUGUAUGUGUUUGUGUUCAAUUGGACUCCGGCCCUGGAUUCUGCUUCCAUUGCUCCGCCACAUGGGCUGAUCUUUAGUGGCUUCAUGAUGGCUUGCAUGUGCGGAUCUUCUCUCUUUAGCUUGUUGGAUGCCUCGGUCCAACCCAUCAAGGUUCUCUGGCCCGUUUGCCUGGCAGCUGCUAUCGCCCUCGCUUGCGUGGCAACGAGCUUGUGGACUGGCGCCAGUGAAGAGUGGGUCUUCGGUGGCUUUCUUGCUUUUGAAGCCUGUGUCGGGGCGUACUUCCCGUGCGUGAGCACCGUGAAGAGCCAGAUUGUGCCAGAGGAAACACGCGCGGGUGUCUACAAUGUGUAUCGGGUACCUCUCAACUUAUGCGUCGUAUUGCUGCUACUUGCAGACCUGGAGUUGCAAACAUCCUUCACAGUUUGCACCUGUUGCUCGUCUUCUCAGCGGUCGCGGUUGCGAUGAUCGGGACUAAGCGGUCCCAGGAUCAAGGCGCAGUGUGACGGCCCGAAGGUCCGGAAGCUUGGGAUGCUGUGCCCAUUUCGACACAGGACAGGUUUCAGUUCGUUCCUCUCCGGCAGUGCUUUCCAUCAUUGGACAGUUUCCCAAGCGUGGUGUCGUACGGCGCAACUCUUCCUUUCUGUCUCGAGUGGCAACAUGCAGUUUGCGUUCAGAGCUUGUGCAGGGCUGGCCAGCACCACGCUCGAACUUUCGGGGCUCGUGCACGCUGCGUGAGCGGGUGGGAGUUGGAGCGAUCUCUUUCGCAAGUCCACCCCAUCCCGGCUGCAAGUCUUGCACGUGUU